AUGGCUCACAGGAUGUUCUCUGGUCACACUUUGCUGAACUACAGCCUAAACCAGAGCGAUGAGCAGGUGCGCACGGGCGCAGAGAGGCUCUCUCCCACCGGCUUCAUUGUGCUGUCCGUGGCCCUGGGCUUCAUCAUGACUUUCGGAUUCCUCAACAACUUCAUAGUCCUCGUUUUGUUCUGUAAAUUCAAAAAGCUGCGGACUCCCGUGAACAUGCUCUUGCUCAACAUCAGCGUGAGUGACAUGAUGGUGUGUCUGUUUGGCACCACGCUCAGCUUCGCCUCCAGCAUCAGAGGGCACUGGCUCCUGGGGGCCAGCGGAUGCAGCUGGUAUGGCUUUAUCAACUCCUGCUUCGGCAUAGUGUCUCUGAUCUCGCUCGUCAUCCUGUCCUAUGACCGCUACAGUACCCUCACAGUGUACAACAAACAGGGCCCCAGUUACAGGAGGCCCCUGAUGGCUGUGGGGGGCUCCUGGCUCUACUCAUUGUUUUGGACAGUGCCUCCUCUGCUGGGCUGGAGCAGCUAUGACAUUGAGGGAGCAGGCACCAGCUGUUCUGUGUCCUGGACCAUGAACUCCAGCCAAUCUCACGCAUACAUCAUCUGCCUGUUCAUUUUCUGUCUGGGGCUGCCCAUCCUGGUCAUGGUUUACUGCUACGGCCGCCUGCUGUGCGCUGUCAAACAGCCCCAACCACGUCACUACCACGUCACUACCACGUCACUACCACGUCACUACCACGUCACUACCACAUCACUACCACAGUCACUACACAUCACUACCACGUCACUACGUCACUACACGUCACUACCACAUCACUACCAUGUCACUACCACGUCACUACCACUCACUACCAGUCACUACCACGUCACUACCAUCACAUCAUCACUACCACGUCACUACCACGUCACUACCACCAUCACUCACUACCACGUCACUACCACAUCACUACCACGUCACUACCACGUCACUACCCAUCGUCACUACCACGUCACUACCACGUCACUACCCACGUCACUACCGCGUCACUACCGCGUCACUACCACGUCACUACCACGUCACUACCACGUCACUACCACGUCACUACCACGUCACUACCACAUCACUACCACGUCACUACCACUCACUACCCACGUCACUACCACAUGUCACUACCACGUCACUACCACGUCACUACCACAUCACUACCACAUCAUCACUACCACGUCACUACCACAUCACUACCACGUCACUACCACAUCACUACCACACACUACCACGUCACUACCACAUCACUACCAUGUCACUACCACUCACUACCACAUCAUCACUACCACGUCACUACCACAUCAUCACUACCAUGUCACUACCACGUCACUACCACAUCACUACCACAUCAUCACUACCACGUCACUACCACAUCACUACCAUGUGUCACUACCACGUCACUACCACGUCACUACCACAUCACUACCAUGUCACUACCACGUCACUACACAUCAUCAUCACUACCACGUCACUACCACAUCAUCACUACCACGCCACUACCACGUCACAUACCACAUCAUCACUACCACGUCACUACCACAUCACUACCACGUCACUACCACGUCACUACCACGUCACUACCGCGUCACUACCGCGUCACUACCGCGUCACUACCGCAUCACUACCACGUCACUACCACGUCACUACCACGUCACUACCACGUCACUACCACGUCACUACCACGUCACUACCACAUCACUACCACAUCACUACCACGUCACUACCACAUCAUCACUACCACGUCACUACCACGUCACUACCACAUCACUACCACAUCAUCACUACCACGUCACUACCACGUCACUACCGCGUCACUACCGCGUCACUACGCGUCACUACCGCGUCACUACCGCGUCACUACCACGUCACUACCACGUCACUACCACGUCACUACCACGUCACUACCGCGUCACUACCCGUCACUACCGCGUCACUACCGCGUCACUACCACGUCACUACCACGUCACUACCACGUCACUACCACGUCACUACCACGUCACUACCACGUCACUACCACAUCACUACCACGUCACUACCACGUCACUACCACGUCACUACCACAUCACUACCACAUCACUACCACAUCACUACCACGUCACUACCACGUCACUACCACAUCACUACCAUGUCACUACCACGUCACUACCACAUCAUAACUACCACGUCACUACCACAUCAUCACUACCACGUCACUACCACAUCACUACCACAUCACUACCACAUCACUACCACGUCACUACCACGUCACUACCACAUCACUACCACAUCACUACCACGUCACUACCAUGUCACUACCACGUCACUACCACAUCAUCACUACCACGUCACUACCACAUCAUCACUACCACGUCACUACCACGUCACUACCACAUCACUACCACAUCAUCACUACCACGUCACUACCACAUCACUACCACGUCACUACCACGUCACUACCACGUCACUACCACGUCACUACCGCGUCACUACCGCAUCACUACCACGUCACUACCACGUCACUACCACAUCACUACCACGUCACUACCACGUCACUACCACGUCACUACCACGUCACUACCACAUCACUACCACGUCACUACCGCGUCACUACCACAUCAUCACUACCAUGUCACUACCACGUCACUACCACAUCACUACCACAUCAUCACUACCACGUCACUACCACGUCACUACCGCGUCACUACCGCGUCACUACCACGUCACUACCACGUCACUACCGCGUCACUACCGCGUCACUACCGCGUCACUACCGCGUCACUACCGCGUCACUACCGCGUCACUACCACGUCACUACCACGUCACUACCACGUCACUACCACGUCAAUACCACGUCACUACCACAUCACUACCACGUCACUACCACGUCACUACCACGUCACUACCACGUCACUACCACGUCACUACCACGUCACUACCACAUCACUACCACGUCACUACCACGUCACUACCACAUCACUACCACGUCACUACCACGUCACUACCACAUCACUACCAUGUCACUACCACGUCACUACCACAUCAUAA